AUGCAGAGCAACUACUUCCUAUCGCGCGACCCGCUCUCGCUGGAUUCGAUACGCUCCAUCCUGACACGCCUCGAAGAUACGAUCAUCUUCCUCCUCAUCGAACGCGCCCAGUUCGCGCACAACCCGAAGAUCUACCAGCGCGGCGCCUUCCCCGAGCUCGCCGCCCAGGGGUUCGACGGCAGCUGGCUCGACUGGUUCCUGAAGGAGACCGAGACGUUCCAUGCCAAGGCCCGGAGGUACACAAGCCCGGACGAGUACCCGUUCACCGAGGGCCUCCCAGAGCCCGUCCUCGGCCCGCUGCCGUUCCCCCAGAUCCUGCAUCCAAACAACGUGAACGUGAACCCGUCCAUCCUCUCCUUUUACACGCGCUCCAUCGUCCCCCGGAUCACCAAGCAGGCGACGCUCGCACUAGCCGCGAUCAAGCGCGCCAACGGCAUAAGGGGCGACGCCGAGUACGAAGACGACGGGAAUUACGGCAGCGCGGCGACCAUCGACGUCGAAGUCCUCGCCGCGAUCAGCAAGCGGGUGCACUACGGCAAAUUCGUAUCGGAAUCCAAGUUCUCCGACCAUCCCUCCGCCUUCAUCCCGCACAUCAAGACCAGGGAUCGCGAGAAGUUGGAGGCGCUCAUCACCAAGCCCGAGGUCGAGGCUCGGUUGCUGCAGCGCCUGAGGAAGAAGGCCGCCCUGUAUGCGCAGGAUUUCGCGCCCGACGGCGAGCCGCUCGGCCAGAGUGGCGCUCUCAAGAUCGACGUGGACGGCGUCGUCGAGCUGUACGAGAACUACAUCAUUCCUCUCACGAAGGAGGUCGAGGUAGACUACCUUCUCGUGAGACUCGAGGGCCUAUCGGAGGCCGAGAUCGAGGAACUAUCCAAGAAAUAA